AUGACGUCACACGUGUUCCACGCCUCGCUUUCCAUAGGCAACCUGAUUGGCUCAGUCACUACCUGCGGUGGGCGGGGCUUGAGAAACUGCCAACUACGGAGGAACUUUCAAUUUCCGCCUUCGUGCAAUGUUUAUUUUUUUUUUCCUCUCAUCUCCUUUCUUUCUUACCUGUUCACACUGGUCAUGUGCGUUAUUGACUGCGGCUCAUGCCAAGAGAAGCCCAUGAGCACGUGGUGGUGUCAUAGACAAAUGGCUUCAGGCACAGUUCACACUUUCAACAGCCAAUCGGGAACGAGAAUACAAGUAGUAGGAAAAAAAAGAGGCGGGGCCUCCCGUAAGUGUAUGGUAAUGAGCCGCAGGAAGGUAAGCAGCAGAGUUUCCAAGAUGGCGUCUCCAUCAGCAGCGCAGCCGGAGCCGAGUCUAUGCGAGUCCCCGGUCCCAGCUUCUAUGUUCUCCCCGGAGCCCGACGCGGAGGAUUCGGAUUCCAGUCUGGACGGGGAGCCUAUGAGGAACGGAGAGUCGGACGUAGACCUGACCUGUAAACUUGUAUUGGUAAGCCCCAGCGCAGAGCAGUAUGACAGUCUUCUCCAUCAACUACGAGACCGGAUGGAUGAGGGAAGGGGGGAGACUAUAUAUGUCAUCGGACAAGGCUCUGAUGGGACGGAGUAUGGCCUCAAUGAAGACGAUAUGGAGGCGUCUAUCGCCACAGUCACUAGCAUGGCAGAGCAGAUUGGUGCCGACAUGAUCCUUCUGCGGGAGCACCAGGAGGCUGGAGGCAAGGUUCGAGACUAUCUGGUGCGCAAAUGUGUGGGAGAUAACGACUUCUUGGAAGUCAGGGUUGCUGUAGUAGGUAAUGUGGAUGCUGGAAAAAGCACACUCUUGGGAGUUUUGACUCAUGGAGAGCUUGACAAUGGACGUGGCUUUGCCAGACAGAAGCUUUUUCGGCACAAACAUGAGAUCGAGUCGGGUCGUACAAGCAGUGUAGGCAACGACAUCUUAGGAUUUGAUAGCCAUGGACAUGUUGUCAACAAGCCAGACAGUCAUGGUGGCAGUUUGGAGUGGACCAAGAUAUGCGAGAAGUCUUCAAAGAUCAUCACUUUCAUUGAUCUAGCUGGACAUGAGAAAUACUUGAAGACAACAGUGUUUGGAAUGACUGGUCAUCUGCCAGACUUCUGUAUGCUCAUGGUGGGCAGUAAUGCUGGUAUAGUUGGCAUGACUAAGGAGCACCUGGGUUUGGCACUGGCUUUGAAUGUCCCAGUCUUUGUGGUGGUAACAAAGAUUGAUAUGUGUCCAGCAAACAUAUUACAAGAAACUCUGAAGCUGCUGCAGAGGCUGCUAAAGUCUCCUGGGUGCAGAAAGAUCCCAGUUUUGGUUCAAAACAGAGAUGAUGUUAUUGUCACUGCUUCCAACUUCAGCUCAGAAAGGAUGUGUCCCAUCUUUCAGAUCUCAAAUGUCACUGGGGAGAAUCUGGAGCUCCUUAAGAUGUUCCUUAAUCUGCUUUCUCCACGCACUAGCUCCAGAGAGGAGGAACCUGCAGAGUUUCAGAUUGAUGAUACCUACUCCGUACCGGGUGUUGGCACUGUGGUUUCUGGAACUACCCUAAGGGGCCUGAUUAAGCUCAAUGAUCUGCUGCUGCUGGGACCAGACCCUCUGGGUAGCUUUACAUCAAUAGCCGUGAAGUCAAUACAUCGCAAGCGUAUGCCUGUUAAAGAAGUACGAGGUGGACAGACAGCGUCUUUUGCUUUAAAGAAGAUUAAACGUUCUUCUAUCAGGAAGGGAAUGGUGAUGGUUUCCCCACGCCUCAAUCCUCAGGCAUCCUGGGAGUUUGAAGCGGAGAUCUUGGUGCUGCAUCAUCCAACCACAAUCAGCCCGCGAUACCAGGCAAUGGUGCAUUGUGGAAGUAUUCGCCAAACUGCCACCAUCUUGAGCAUGAGCCGUGACUGCCUACGUACAGGUGAUAAAGCUACAGUUCACUUCAGAUUCAUAAAGACCCCCGAGUACUUGCAUAUAGACCAAAGGCUGGUGUUCAGAGAGGGCCGAACCAAAGCUGUGGGCACCAUAACUAAGUUGUUACAGAGCACAAACAACUUGCCGAUGAACUCAAAGCCACAACAAGUAAAGAUGCAGUCCACCAAAAAGAACCCACUUGGAAAGAAGGAUGAACUAAGCCCAGGGACAGCUGUAACAGAUGAGGUCUCGGCUACAGCUAAUGCUGCAGCGACCUCAGGAACGCCCCCACCACAAGCACAGCCGAAGACCGGAGGAGGAGGAAGACGUCGUGGUGGACAAAGGCAUAAAGUGAAGUCUCAGGGGACAUGUGCCCCAGCAGGGGGAUGUUAAACAUGACUGCUCAACUCCUGUGUCCUCCCAAUAGCUUGACCACGUCCCGAUCACAGGAUACUGGAAAGAAGCCGACACUCCCAACUAUCCUGCAGUUCCAUAUACAUCAGCCCAGUGAAGCCCCCACCGAAUUACUAUUGAUCUGUGGUUAUUCCUGUAGCCAUUGACAAUAGUUUUUAUUGUCUUUUGUGUCCUGACUCUCUAUUUACUGGCUUCAGGAUGAUAAACAGCACAUAAAUCUCAUGCACAGCCGGAUUGUAGCUGUAACCCCACUAAGUUUUUUUUUUUUUUUUUUUUUUUUAUGGGAUUUUAAGGAAUGGUCUUAAUGUCAUUAUUAUUUUUCUUCUUGAAGCAGAUAAAGCCCCAUUGGAAGGAGAAGCCUAAUGUGAGAGCAUGGCGAAACCUCACCAAAUACGAACGUCUGGUUACAAAUUUCAGUUUCCUAACAUUUCCAAGCAAGACUUUCAAUAGAUUAUUUAAGAUAAAUAUAUAAAUCUUUUAUUUUUUGCCUCUUUUUACAUCACAUUCGUGUUAAGUUUGGACUUUCCUUGAACAGUACAUUACUCUGUUGUUUUUGUUUCAAUAGCAGUAACAUACAGAAUGAGCAAGGUUCCUGUUUUAGCAUCCAUUUCUCCACUUGUGGCAUGUCGUACCAUGGCAGCUUCCGUAACAGAUAAACGGCAGAUUUUUGGUACAUGAACUACUAAACUGUAAAAAAACAAAUAGGUCUGAAGCAUCAGUCAGGUAACCUGUUUAGGGUUUCUUUUUUUUUUUCUUCUUUUUUUAAGCAUUUUCAAUUUAUUGUGGUAGAUAGGAGGCGGACAUGAGUAUUUGCAAUUCUGCAGCAGUAUUUAAGUGUUUUGUUGGCAGAAACCAUAACAACGUGUGCUCUGUAGCAUGUAUUCUGCAAAAUCCUUUCCGAUCCAUAGCAUGAAGGGGCCACAACACUAGUAGUCAAAUGGUUUGUUCGCCUUGGACAAUCCCUUUUUAUUAAAGGGGGGCCUGCUGGUGGCAACUCUAAUCCUUACAGUAAGUGUUAGAUUUUGGUGCAAUGCCUUAUUGGGUGGGGGAGAGGUUAUCCGGGAUUACAAAAACUGCAGAUU